AUGCUCCUCCAACUCCUCCUGAUAACCAUGCUUCUAAACCCAUUUCGACCAUGUGAGGGCUCUCCGACUUUCCAAGAGGAAUACCGGAGUGGUAGCUUUGUACCAGAAGUGAUUGAAACCUCUCUGGGCCGUCGAAUUGUGGCGCCAGAUACUCCUUACGUGGCUGCAGCCGGUCGUAACGCCUUAUACUUCAUCGACACCCGGUUUGACCCUGAGACGGCGCAGCAUAUUAAACUCCAAAUUGAAAAGGCCUCCGUGCCGCAACCGGACGAAUACAUUGCUAUUGACGAGAUUGAGGCCACGGCCGAAAUCAAGAACAGCGUGACCGGGGAAACAACCUUCGUGUUUGAUCCUGUAUAUGCUCGGCUGCUGUUCGCUAGGGGCAUUAAUCGACAUAAUCCGGAUAUCCAAUUGCCGGAGUAUGAGCCGGCUGGUGAUUGGUUGGUGGUAUAUGACUUGGAUGAUAUUGUGAACAGGAAGGGUGUGAGGAAGGGUUGA